GUUACGCUCAUCACACUACGUGGCUACCUUUUGUUUCUGCUGGACACCUGAAGAAAAACAAAAUAUAGACUUUUGUGUGUCUAAGCAAAAGACAGUUUAGUGCUUGGACCCCCUAGGGGAGAAAAACCAGAGGUGAAAGCCGCUUUUGAAGACCAUGAGGUCCAGAUUAUCGUUUCUUCUCUGCCUGUUGCUGGUGUCGUAUGCCUCGACUGCAGUCAUUACCGGGGCAUGUGAGAAGGACUCACAGUGUGGAGGUGGCAUGUGUUGUGCCGUCAGCCUGUGGAUCCGGAGCCUGCGAAUGUGCGUUCCAAUGGGUCAAGAGGGAGAGGAGUGUCAUCCAAUGAGCCACAAGGUCCCGUUCUUUGGCAAGAGACUCCAUCAUACAUGCCCAUGUUUGCCCAACCUGGCUUGCGUCACCACAGAUGAUGGAAAAUCCAAAUGUCUCCCUUCCCUUCCGUUUCAAGAUUACCUCUGA